ACUCCGCCGGGAUUGGGCGCCUUUACACACGCCUUUCAUGGCCCAAGCAAGUUUGCCGUCCGCUUUGCACUCUUCCUCCCCGCCUCCCGCACCAAAGACGGAGUAUGGCCACCCCCACGUACCAGGCAGAUCAAUGAAGGGAGGAGAGACCGGGAGGGGAGGGGAGGCUGUGCAAUUGAACUAUGCGUGCCUGUGUGUAUUUUUCUCCUACUGCCUCUGACAGCACGGUUUGAACGAGCAAGUACACACACAGCACUUCACGAUCACAAAGAUCAGCGGGCAGGAAACGGAGCGCUUCGCUACCUACUGAUCACCACCAUUCAUUUUAUCAGUGACCAUCUUAAACCUCCUGUCGGCACACUGAAGCGUCUUAAAAGAGGGUGCGAUUUGUAAAACCUGCGGUGCAAUAACGCAUCUUGGAAUCUUGGAAACUCUUUUUUUCUAUCUUCCUCCUCCCCCUCUCUCCAUUUCUCAUUUUCGUCUCCCCACUGCCGCUUUCUGGAAUGAGCUGCCUCCUCAUCAGCGCGGUUUCCAUACCAGCAUGGGAACCGCUGUGUCCAAAAGGAAGAAUCUGAGAAGCGAUGCGAUAUCCUCGGUGGCGGCCAAAGUUAGAGCAGCUCGAGCCUUUGGAGAAUACCUGUCUCAGACUCACCCUGAAACCAGCAGCGGAUCAGAUCACCUGCUGUCCGACGCCUUCACCGGCCAGGACUCUGACUCGACGGACACCAGCUGUCCCCACAACAACAACAACAUCCUCCAGCCACGCCUGGGGCCCCCGUCUACCACACCUGGCCUGAGCAAGUCCCAGCCCAGCUUGCCCCUGCCAGUGCCUCCCUCCAAACGCCGCCUCUCACUGGAGCCUUGCUUCUCGGCCAAGGAGGAGCAGCAGAAGUGUGCAGAGUGUGCCCAGCAGCCGGCCUGUGUCUACACCAUAACAGGGGAGGGGGGCAUGUUGGGGCCCCGGGGCAGCAAAGAGAGCCUGGAGUUGGAGGUGCUCAAAGGGGCCCGGCAGCAACCUCAGCUGGGGCCGGCCUCUACCUUACAGGCGUCACCGCCCUCUCAACACCACCGUCACCAUGGCAACCAGCAAGGGAGUACCACUGGCCACCACCAGGGCGGUGGUGGUGGGCACCACCACCACCAUCACCAUGGGCACCAGCCGGGCCAGCCCCUGCAGAGCUCUGUCAGUGCCCACAACAUCCGUAGCUGGGGUGAGGGGAAAGGCGGCCCCCCAGAGGACUGUACUCUGGGCUGCGAGGCCUGCAGUGGGGCCUCCUCUCAAAGCCAGCGCUCCCUGGACCUGGAGGGCUCUUCCCGGGAAGCAGCAGAGGAUGGCGUCAGCAACUGGUUCCCGAAGGAGAACAUGUUCAGCUUCCAGACGGCCACCACCACCAUGCAGGCGAUAUCAAACUUCCGGAAGCACCUCCGGAUGGUGGGCAGCAGGAGGAUGAAGGCGCAGACGUUCGCUGAUCGCAGACCGAAGAGUUUCAGCCGCUCCUGGAGUGACCCCACCCCGGUCAAGCCUGACCCUCCACACGACUCCAAAGACAGUGGAGAACUGCAGGCCCCCUGUGGGAUGCUGGAAGAAGGGGUUUGCAAUGACCUGGAUUGGGACGAAGAGCGUGAAUUGGAGCGAGUGGCCUGUGAGGGUGAUGACUUCAUUCCUCCCAAAAUAAUGCUGAUCUCCUCCAAGGUGCCCAAGGCCGAAUAUGUGCCCACAAUCAUACGCCGGGACGAUCCCUCCAUCAUCCCCAUCCUAUACGAUCAUGAACACGCCACGUUUGACGACAUCCUGGAGGAGAUCGAUAAGAAGCUCACGGCCUACCGGAGGGGCUGCAAGAUCUGGAGAAUGCUUCUCUUCUGUCAGGGAGGCCCUGGACACCUGUACCUGCUGAAGAACAAGGUGGCUACCUUCGCCAAGGUGGAGAAGGAGGAGGACAUGAGCCAGUUCUGGAAGAGACUCAGCCGGUUCAUGAGCAAGCUGAACCCCGAGCCCAACCUCAUCCACAUCAUGGGAUGCUACGUCCUGGGGAACCCCAACGGAGAGAAGCUCUUCCAGAAGCUCAAGAACCUGAUGAGGCCGUACUCCGUGGACUUCGAGUCUCCCCUGGAGCUGUCUGCUCAGGGCAAAGAGAUGAUCGAGAUGUACUUCGACUUCCGUCUCUUCCGCCUGUGGAAAACUCGGCAGCACUCCAAGCUCCUCGAUUACGACGACCUUUUGUGACCCCGCCCCAACUACCCACCCCCCCUCACCCGCCUCCGCCCCUCCCUUCCCCACCUGCCCCUGGACUCAUCGCCGCCCUCUUAGACAAAAACAACUUAAGACUAUUUCAGCCUGGUUUGUGGAUGAUCUGAUGGGUGUCUUCGAAGGGACAGGUGAGAAACUGAAGAAGAAGUGGACAGUGGUGGUGGGGGGCGGGGGGGGGAUGGGUGCUGAGUGGAUGUGGACCAGGAACAUUUUGAUCCCAUAAUUCUCCACCCCCCCCACCCCGGUAAGCAAUUUCAAGCACUCAAUGCCAGCUCCUAUACCCCCACAACACAGGAUGGUUGAGGGGGGGAGGAUGGGAGUGCAUGCUGGAGGCAGAAAGAACUGUAGAUGCGGCCGAAGGGACUGGGAUUGGGGAGGAGAUAAGAUAUUGUUUGUUCGCGUCUGCCAGGGGUUUAAAGGCCAUUUAAAAUUCAGGUGUCAAAACAAGUACAUUAAUAUGGACUUUGCUUCUUUCUUUGUAUGUUACAAACAAAGGAGAUGUCAACAGAAACACAUGUGUGUAUAUAUGUAAAAAUACAUAACAUGAGCAUAUAGCAUAUCUAUAGAAAUACUGUGUACAUGACACACAUUUAUUUUUAUCUUUACGUCAUGGUGGGUCUUAAUAUUUUUUUACAACUCAGGUUUUAGUCAUUAACCUCUCUUUCCCUGUUUGGUCUCCUACCCAGGAAAAUCUCACCCUUGCUAUUAAGUAGUAUGAAUGUCAAAAAUAAAAACUAUUUCCCAGUAUGAAGACUGGCCAGGAGCUGGGGAGGGGAGGCAUUUGUGGGGUGGGUCACCAGAAGCGUGACUGUGUCCGUGUGUUACCGCUUCUUUAUGCUACGUAAUGUGAUACCGCGCUUAGCCUAGCCUAGCUGCUGGAGCAAGUUUCCAUUACUUCAGCAUCCCACGGGACCCAUUGGCCCAUUGUGCAGAGGUGCAUUUUGGGAUGCUUUUUGCUGGCCUUUGGUUUCCACCCUCUUCUCAUUGGUUUUCAUGCAGCGUCAUCUAUUCCUGACUGGGUACUGAAUUUGUGCUCCUGUAGCCCACAUUGGACUGCAACUCCCCCCCCCACCCCCACCACGAUG